GCAUGCUUCCUACAAGUUCCAGCCAGCACAUGCAGCACAGCAAUACAAUAAGCAACGGCCAAAGAGUUCAUCACUCCCAGUUGGCUCCUGUGUGCACUAUGUUGGUAGGGGCUGUCGGCUUGGGCCUCUGGGGAGCAUGUGGUUACUUCGGGCAGUGUUCAGCACCCGAAUGAGACUCACAGGCAUCUGACUACAUGAACAGUCAAAUGGUCUCUGGUGAGAAAUAAAAUGGGAACCAGUCUUCUCUCAUGGACCUUUCAACUUCACUAGGAUUACAGGAUUUCCAUAGAAUGCUAGGUUCAACUUCAGGAUGAACGUCUGUCACUAUGAUAAGCGCAUGGACUUUUUCUACAAUCAAAGCAAUUCUCAGACAGAGGAUGACUGGACAGGGACAAAACUGAUCCUUGUGCUUUGCUUUGGAGCAUGCUGUUGUCUCUUUAUUUUUGCUUCCAACUUACUGGUUAUAGCAGCAGUGAUUAUAAACAAGAGAUUCCACUACCCAUUUUAUUACCUGCUCGCUAACCUGGCAGCAGCAGACUUUUUUGCUGGGAUCGCUUAUGUGUUUUUAAUGUUCCAUACUGGACCAGUGUCUAAGACAUUAACAGUCAACAGGUGGUUCCUGCGUCAGGGUCUUCUGGAUACAAGCAUGACGGCCUCAUUGGCUAACUUGUUGGUAAUUGCAGUUGAGAGGCACAUAUCCAUUGUCCGAAUGAGAAUUCACAGCAAUCUGACAAAAAGAAGAGUGACGUUUCUUAUUUUUUUAAUUUGGGCCAUUGCUAUAUUUAUGGGUGCUGUCCCCACAUUAGGUUGGAACUGUAUCUGCAAUAUAACAACUUGCUCCUCGCUAGCUCCCAUCUAUAGCAGGAGUUUUUUAACUUUCUGGACAGUCUCCAACCUGGCUGUCUUUGUAAUCAUGUUGGUGGUCUACUUGAGAAUUUAUAUGUACGUUCAGAGAAAAACCAAUGUCUUGUCUCCUCAUACCACUGGGUCUAUCAGCCGGAGAAGGACACCAAUAAAGUUGAUGAAGACUGUUAUGGCUGUUCUAGGUGCAUUUGUUAUAUGCUGGACACCGGGAAUGGUGGUUAUACUUCUUGAUGGCCUUAACUGCACUAAAUGUGGGGUGCAGCAUGUAAAACGGUGGUUUCUCCUGCUUGCCUUGAUGAAUUCUAUCAUGAACCCUGUUAUAUACUCUUUUAAAGAUGAAGAGAUGUGGCGGACUUUCAAGAAGAUGAUUUGUUGUCUACUUUACAAGAGAAGAGGGCAUCGUCCGUCAAGAAUGUCUUCGACAGUGAAUAGUACUAGAAGCAACGAUACCACCAGUCAUUAUUUAGAGGAGGUUAAUAACCACUCCCCCACUUUGAAGAAAAUAUGACCUGAAACAAGUGGUGAUUUCCAUAAGCAGCAAUUGUGGAACAAAAUGAAUUUCACCUAAUGUUUCUUGAAGAAGCUCCAAAAUGAAGCGAACAUUAGAGAGAGAUAGGGUUGCCACUUUUUUUUUUUAAGAAAACGGGCAGGGGAGCAGGCUGGUGACAUGGGGGGGCGGCUGGUGCCAUAGGGGGGCAGGCCAGUGACAUUGGGGGUGUAGCGGGUGAUGUCAGGGAUGGGACUGAUGACAUGGUGAUCAGCGCUUGGCUGAUCAUUCACUUCCAAAUGAUGAAAUUCGUACAGGAACUUUUCACCCGGGCAGCCCUUCCAAAAACCAGGCAACCCCAGAGAGAGAUAUGCUGCAAAGUCUGAUAGGGACUGUUGUAUUUCCCCAAAAGAGUUCAAUGAGUAUAAUACAACCAUUGCUGCAGUGCAAUGAAGUGGCUGACACUACUAAAACUAGAAAGAUUAUUAGGAAUAUUUAAAUUUAAAAACAUAAAGGAACAUUACAUUGGCAUCAGUGUAGUAAACGAAGAAUUUCUAACUUAGAUAACACAGGGAAAGGUACAAGUGUACAAAAUGCAUGCUUAAUGCUAGAUUGAAUGUAGCCUUAGAGGAUAAACUGCCUUUUGCGAUAAUCAUUUACUACCUUAAAUAUAUUAAAUUGCAACUCCUAGAACCAUCAGCUGGCUGAGGAUACUGGGAAAUGGUGUUAAGAACAGCUUUUGACAUCCCUGCCCUAGCAUGUCUGUAUGUGUGCUUGACCAACAAACAAGUUCAUGUUAUUAUAAUGAAUUUGCUGCCUAAUAUUAAAUGAAACCACAGAUAUUAAAGGAAAACUAUACCCACAAAAUGAACACUUAAGCAACAGAUAGUUCAUAUCAUAUUAAGUGGCAUA